UCAGCAUCAGCAACAUUAGAAUGUUCUUUAACCGGAAGUGAUGUAAGAGAGCUCCAGCGACCACGUUUGGGUGUUUGAAAUAACUAUGACCCCCGUACUAUCCUCAGUUUGUAAACAAACCCUGUGGAGAGUAGGCCUACUGUAGCAUGCGUCGCGACUUCGUGAUAGCGGUAGUCAACAAGGCUUCUUCUAAACUUAUGUUAUCUGUAGAUAAACAUCAAAUGACACAGAUGCGUAGAUAUAUAGUAUAUGUGUGGAGUAGAGUCCUCGUUAUCUUCAAACAUUUAUUCCCUGGACUCGGACAGAAAAUGAGUGAAGACAGAGAGUUGACGAACCGCAGAAAAGGAUAUGAAUGGUGUAGGAAAUCUGUCGGAGGGACAUGGGCUAACAUAGGAGAGGAUCAGUUUGGUCUUGGGUUUAAAGUAGUAAGUGGAGGAUUGACUAACUACUUGUAUUUGUGUUCACUACCAAAGAAAUAUCCACCACAGGGAAAUGAACCGAAAGAAGUUCUGCUACGAGUUUAUGGGGACAUUGCUAAGGACCAAGAAUUCUUAGUACGGAACACAGCAGUGUUUGCUAUCCUGUCCACCAAAGAUCUGGGGCCCAAACUUUAUGUCGCACAUGCAGAAGGGCGCAUUGAGGAGUACAUCCCAACGCAGCCACUACGUACACGUGAUCUUCAGAAACCUUUCCUCGCUGAACAGAUUGCCAAAAAAAUGGCCCUAUUCCAUGCCAUUAAGGAUAUGCCUCUUCAUAAAGAGCCAAAAUUUUUGGAAGAAAAGAUGUUCUGCUGGAUGGAACAGGUGGAAAAUAUUUUCAGUAACAUACCCACAGAAAAAGAUGAAGCCUCACAACGAAUGCUGUCCAGACUGCAGAGCUUCAAUUUGUCAGAUGAACUCCAAACAUUAUUAAACAUCUUAGGAAGUGUUUCCUGUCCAGUGGUAUUUUCCCACAAUGAUUUGCAAGAAGGUAACAUCCUGUACCUUGAAGACUGUGAUCAGCCAGAGAGGAAAAUGACAUUCAUUGACUGGGAAUACUGUAGCUAUAAUUACAGAGGGUUUGACUUUGGAAACCACUUCUGUGAAUGGUGCUAUGACUACUCUCAUCCAGAUUUUCCAUUCUUCUCCUACACAAAGGAUUACUAUCCCUCAAAGGCUCAGCAGUACACUUUUUUCCGUCAUUACCUAUCGCAGCAGUCGGAUGUGGAGCCGACAGAAGAGUACCUAAAGGGCAUGUACAAGGAGGCCAAUACAUUUGCUCUUGCCUCACACUUCUUUUGGGCACUAUGGUCCAUCAUACAGAGAGAUCUGUCAGAGAUAGAGUUUGGAUAUCUGGAUUAUGCCCUGCUUCGGGUUGAGAAUUACUUUGACCUAAAGGAUCGCCUGCAGACCAUUUGUUGAGGGCUGGAAGCACUUGCGUCACCGUGAUGAAAGUGAUAACACAGAUGUGUUCAAUUUACAAGAAACGCUCAGAAAGUGAUAAAAUCACAAAUAUGAUAAAAAUAUUUUACUGUGAUUAAUUGAUAUCAAUAUAUUUGUUCUUGUUAUGAAUUGUUAUGAUAUAUGUCUAUUGAUAUUUGAAGUUCACCAUGAGCAUGUUGUCAUUUAUUAAUAACAUUGACAAGGUGGAGGGCUCGUAAAACAUUAUUAAGUAUGAUAACGCUUUAAAUAUCCAAUUUACCGGUGUACUAUAAUGAUAUGUUUAGAUAAUGCGACAUGUGUUCAGGAAGAAUAGCCAUCUUGAUUCUUAGUAAUUCUUCUGAUCUCCAUAUGUAUUCAAUGCAAGCCAACAGUUGGUUUCCUUUGUAUGUUCGUAUAUGCCACCUGGUUAUCCUAUUUCAUUGCAUACAGUUGAACUUCCUUAAUGUUAGAUUCAAAAGCACAAUUCUCAAAUCUCACCCUUAUCGAAGAUUUAUUGUUGAAAAAAUAAUGUUUGUAUCAAUGAGGUUCUCCUGUAGACAAAUCAGCAGUAAAUGUAAAACGUAAGGUUCAGUUGUUUUUGGAGGAUGCCUACUUGCUUGGUAUUUCUUUUAAACGUUGUGAUAUUAGACACUCACAUGCACUCUUUUGCUGGAAAUGUAAUGUCCUACAAAAAGGAAGGGGACGUGUGGAGGGGGAGUAUAUCAUCCUGGUAAAAUACCAGCUGCUUCCUACCUCCUUGGCUAGGUAGACUUUCUCUUUAGCUCAAUCUACUGUAUAACACGAAAUGUUGGUGGAUACUUUCCUUCGUGGUUUGAAUUAAGCCAUUUAGAUCGUUUCGUGGUACAAACUUUCGUGGAUAUCCUUUAUUAACAACCAGUAGACACCGGUAUCAUUCAUAUUCAUUGUACUUAUGUUCGUGGUUCCAUAGCAACCACGAAAACCACAAAUGUUCAUUUCAUGUGAUGUUAUAAAUACAGUAGGUCACAUGUUCAAUCCCUAGCAGAGGCAUUAAAAAAAGAUAAUGAUAUUGACCCCUGUUACCCAUAAGUUACAUUUGUUGUGAUUACAGGGCUUAUAUCCCCAUACCUUACAGAUUGUUCUUAUAUGAAGAAACAUAUAUAUGUAGCAUUUUUGAUUUUUUUUACAUAAAAGAAAGGAAGACAGUGUUCUCUCAAAAGUACAGAUUACAUUUAAUCCAUUACAUUACCUGAAAACUCUUGCGAUGAAUUGUUGAUCAAUGAAACAGGAUCCUCAAUUUUCAUGUACAAGUGGAAUAUGUUUAACAAUUUAUUAAAAAAACACUUGUUUUAGAUUGACAUGUUUAAUUUUUAAAAUUUUGAUAUGGUGAAGGAUAUCUUAUAUAUAUUAAAUCUAUGUCUAUUUAAAGAGUAGUAGCUGUGUAACGGUAGUUCUGAAUAGGAUUGAAGACAAGUCCAAUAGCAGGUGAUGGCAGAAUCAUGUGUACAGUCUUGGUACCUAAACUAGGAACAGUAUGCUGUUUAGAACUUACAUUUAUUACAUACUUACUAAUAAAUACGUUUUUUUUUGUAUAUGCGAUACGACACAAUUGCUCUAACCCAUAUCACUCCUCGCCGUAUCACCCCCCAAAACCUGUAUCAGCCCCCGCCGUAUCACACCCCAAAGUCUGUAUCAGCCCGCAAAACCCAUAUC